AUGACUUCCAAGGAGAUCAAAACGGUCAUGCGGGCUGCGGCCCACAAGAUCAAGGAGGGGGCUGGAAAGGCUAAGAAGAAGAUUACCGAUCAACUAGCCAAACAUCACCUUCUCGGCCGCACACGCUACAAGUCCUGGGAGCUAGAAGAGCUGGGUCGGAAAUACUGGACUCGCCCAGAGGGGUGCUCAGAAGACAGCUACCGCCACCGCCCUCGCAAGCGCAAUUCUACCUGGUGGCACAACUGUGACAAGUCCUCGGACUCUUGCCAACGAGAGGCCGCAAAGUACCCCAAGCUCCAGCACCACCCUACCAUCUACCGCGAGCAGCCAAGAGGAACAUCAGCCUACUUCUCACCAACUGGCAGGCACCUCGACAGCUAUAUGGAAGAGAUCGCCCAACACGCUCGCGGGGAGGUAACCCAAGAUACAAAGGACAAAAGAAAGCCAGGCACAAGGGAUAGAACCAAGAAGAAGGAAGCCCCCCCUAUCCAUGACCCCAAGGGCAAGAGACCCAUGAUCUACCCAGAAGAGGAAGCUCCGAAGGAACCCAAGGGCAGGACACAGCCCCCUAUUAACAAAGCCCCUGCAAAGACACCCAGGGCCAAGAAACCUCCUACCACCGCCUCUAAGCCACAACCACGACCACCCCGAGACCCCAAUAAGCCUCGCAAACCGAGACCCGAUCCCCGACGAAAGAAGCCAGGGGAUCUAGUGGGAGGUCCAUCAAGUGACCCUCACAAACCAUUAGCCAGGAAGUUAGCAGAUACGCGACUACCAUUAGGCACACUAACGGAGACGACGGAGGAGUCCAUCUACUGA